CUUCCCCAUCAUUUCCCAUAGCAGCAAAAUGAAGUGCAUACUAUCCAUCCUCCUUUUCUCCCUCAUAACCCUCGCCGCCCCUGUUUCCCAAAACUUUCGUCUUCGCAUUCUACGCACCGAGGGAGCCAGUGGAGGGCCGUUGUCAGAGUAUCUUGGGUUGAAAGAUGGUGUGGCGGUGAUCACUAAGAAUCCGUCUGAAAUUAUCACAGCGUACCUGGACCCUGACCCCAAUGGAAUGCUUUACACGGACAAGAAAAUCCCCGGUUAUUUAUUCCCAACAGAUGGCACCGGUACACAAGUAUACGAUUUUCGCUUCGGCGGUAUUCCAAAGAGGGCCGACGUUUUAUUUACAAACUUCACCUUCGUAGACCGUAUCUGCCAGGUCUGCAUGCCAGACAAAAUACUUGCGUAUUUCCAGCCAAAGGACGAUCCCAGCACUAGAUACGAGGGCCAAUUUAGGGCUUACAAGGAUGGGGAGGGCUGGACUCUCAAGUUCCACGCCUCGAAACCCCCGUCGGUUGAGGGUAGUGAGGGCGUUGAUCUAAUUCGGGAGGCAAUCUAGACCCGUUAGGGUGGUGGUUGUGAGAGGACGUAAUUUUUAUCUUGCUAUCAUACACCUCUCCCUAGAGGAGAACCUCCUUUCGUAUAGCUAUAAGGAAUGAUACCAAAGACUCUUUUUCCCUUU